UUAAACGUACGCUCACAGUUAGAAAUUUCCGUGUUAAUUCAACACAUUGCGUUUGUGUUGAUCUUUAACACAAAUUUUAUGUUAAAUAAAAUUGAACACAUAAAAUCUGUUCUUUUGAUAGAAAAUUUGUGUACAUUUAACAGAACAUUUGUGUAAAUUUAACACAUUUUUCGUAUUAAAAUCGACUAAUAAACAUAAGUACAUAACCUAAGCAACUCAAGUGUAUACUGAUCUACUCUUAGUAGAACUUAUAUCAAUUUAGCGAACAAUUGAACCGGGUCAAAAAGACAAUGCUGUUACAAUGCUUUGCUUGGUUAUAUAUAGUAAUGAAGAAUCGCCCGGAAACGUUGAGUCAAACAACACAAAUUUUGUGUUAAUUUUCGAAUUCCACAAGAAAUGUGUUACAUUCUAGAUUUUCCAAUCAUUUAACAUAAAAAAUCUGUUAAAGUAAAAUAACACAAACGAUACAUUUUUAUGGGUACUAAGAAUCUGCGAUUAAUUAAGGCCCGUAAUUUAUUCCCGUGUUGGGAUGAACCUGCUUACAGAGCUGAAUUUGAAAUUUCAAUUCAACAUCCCAAAAAUUUAACUGCAUUGUCAAAUAUGCCGGUUAAAAAUAAUUAUGUCACCGAGGACGAAAAAAUUGUGACUUGUUUCAAUAAAACCCCCCGAUUAUCACCGCAUUCAAUUAGCGUUGCAGUUACAAAUUACCCUGUGACUCGAAAUUUAAUUAACAAUGUUGCAGUUUAUUCGAUUGAAAAUAACGUAACAUUUUUUGGAAAUUAUGUCCACAGUUUGAAAUCAAUUCUAUCCUUGUUAAAUAAUUACACUGGAAUUUCUUACCCGUUACCAAAAAUAGAUUCAGUAAUUAUGGCGGGAAAAGAAGAUGGAUGCAUAAAUAAUUUGGGUCUUGUAUUCUAUAAGAAUAAAUUACACGGAAUAUCUUCGAAACCUUUAUCUCCACUUGUUCUCUAUCAGAACAAAGAGUUUGAAGAUCUGAAAGUUAUUACGGCAUUGACUCUUCAAUGGUUUACAGAAAUAGUUACUCCUAUUGAUUUUAAUUAUUUAUGGUUAUUUUUGGCUAUUGGUCAUAAUACUGCUGCUAAAAUAAGUGAUCAGAUGUAUCAAAAAUUGCGCAGAAUGGAAAUGCAAGUUAUGGAAAUUUACGACUAUCAUUUUGAUCUAGAAUUUAAAUCAUUACCGCCAAUGUCAGCGAUAUCUGCUGGUGACCAAUCACAUAUCAGUCAAAAUUCAAAAAAAUAUUUAUACAUAAAGGGAAUUACAUUAAUGCUAAUGCUAGAACACACUAUUAUUACUUCCGAUGUUUAUCAAACUGGAUUGAAAAAUUAUCUUAAAAAUAAUUUAUUUAAAACAGCUACUUUGGAUGAUUUGUGGAACAGCUUACAACAUGCUUAUAAUAAUAAAUUCAAAAACAGUCCAAGAAGUAUAAAAAACACAAUUGAUGGUUGGCUACAACAGCCGGGUUAUCCGAUUAUCAAUAUUACAAGAAACUAUGACACAGGUUUCGUAACAAUUACUCAAAAAAAUGUUUUAAAGGACUUUGACAAUUCUACUUGGAGUGUUCCGCUAAAUUAUGCCACAAAAUCAAAUCCAAAGUUGCCAUUACAAGAUUCUUUAUUUUUAAUGAACGAAAAAGAAACGACUGUAUUUUUGUCGGAACUUAAAUCCGAUGACUGGAUCAUUUUUAAUGUUCAGCAAUUUGGCCACUAUAGAGUAAAUUACGACAGCGAAAAUUGGAAACGUAUAAUCGAUUAUCUCAACUCAGAUAACUAUGAUAAAAUAAAUCCGAUAAAUCGCGGAGUUGUUAUCAGUGAGAUUGAAGAGAUUUAUAACAAUAAUAAUGAUUUAGAAAAACUAAUCAACUUACUAUGGUACCUCAGACGAGAACGGGAUUUUAUACCUUUGAUGAAAGCUGUCAGACCUUUGAACACUAUUUCAAAAAUAAUCACGAUUGACAGAAGAUUAAUCAACAGUUAUAUAAGUAACAUUUUGAGUCCGAUAAUCAGUUACCUUAAUAAUGAAUACGAGAAUAAUGAAUAUUUUUACUACACUCCGUAUUUAAGAUUACAGUUUUUACGAUUAUACUGUCCAAUUAAUUACGAAAAAUGUAAAUCACUUGCAAGCAGUAUAUAUAAUAGACUAAUUAGUAAUUCGACAGAAGAACUAUAUUUUGAUGAAUAUUUUUAUUCUUGGUCAUUGUGUAUUGCAAUCAGAGAUUUCAAUGAAACACAAGUUGAUUAUUUUUUUUCUUACGAUUUUCCGUUAUUACGAAGUAACCCCUCAGAUAAAUUUAUGUACUUACACUGUAUCAAAAAUCAUACGAUUAUCGAACAUCAUUUUGCCAGAGCUCUAUCAAUUACCGUAAUAAUUUCUCCAAAAAAAAUGAUAGAAUUUGUUGAUACUUUUAUUUUUGAUAAUAAAUUUACAGCCGACAUUGAAUUUCUAUUGGAUUAUUUUAUUGAUAACUACACGGAUCUUUUCUGGAGAUUUUCAGUCCAAGACAGCAGAGAAAUAAUUCCGUUGUUAAUUUUACGAUUGAAUACAUCAAUCGUAGGGAUAAAACAGUGGGAAAAACUGAAAGCUUUUAUUGAAUCACGAGCUUCAGAACUUAAUGAUCGAUAUCCAAUUUUUAAAAACAAUAUUAUCCAAGAAUUGAUGUUGCACCAAUCACUAUAUCUUCAGAAUAAUAUUAAAUAUAGUGGAAUUAUAAUGAAAGCAAUGUCGACAGAAUAACGAAAACUUAUAUUAAUGAUGAAAAUCCACGGAACUCAGUGAAUAAAUUUGGUCAUUAUUUACUUUUAAAAAUAAAAAGAAUAUUUAAUUACAUGAAAAUUUUUACAUCCGUAUGUUAAAUACGAGUGUGAAUUGCAGUAGA